AUGGGCUCCUGCCUCGCGCUGGUGCCCUGGCUGGCUGGGGGAAGCCGUCUGGCCGAGUUCUACAUUCGUACGUGUCUGAGAGGCUGGAGUCUGCCGCUCACACACCACACGCAAAACAAGAUCGCAGAGUGUCCAGAAACAGCUGCAGAAGAUGGACGAAUACCUGCAGACGAGUGCUCUUCUCGCCAGCGACACACCAACCUGAGCGAAAGAGAGAGGAGGAAACACUUCUGCCAGGAGAUCCUGACCUUUGCCAGCCAGACCACAGAGGUCAAGGGUCAACAGAAAGUCACUCUUGAAUAUCCACUCUCUUUUACAGAUGAUAUAAGAGGGGACAUUUUAGUUGAUGUGGGAUCUGGCCCCACUCUCUACCAGGUCAUGAGUGGUUGUGAGAGAUUUGAUCGUGUCAUCCUGUCCGACUUUUUGGAAGUAAAUCGAAGAGAGCUGCAAAGCUGGCUACAGGAGGGAAAGAGCAGUAUAGACUGGACUGCUUACUUCAAGUAUGUGUGUGAACUGGAGGGUCGCAGUUCAUCGGCUUGGGCAGAAAAGGCAACACGUCUUCGCUCAGUUGUGUCUGAUGUGGUGCCAGUUGAUGUACACCAGUCCUUUCCAUUAUCACCAGAGUUCUUGCACCCUUCUGGAGCAGACUGUCUGGUUUCAUCUUUCUGCCUGGAGAGUGUAAGCCAUGACUUGCUUUCCUUCAACCAUGCAUUAGACAACAUCUCCAGCCUGCUUAAAAAAGGUGGUUACCUCCUGCUUAUUGGUGCCCUGGGAGAGAGCUUCUACAUGGGGGCACCAGGGCUGUACAUACCUGUGGUCCCUCUGGAUGAGUCUCAGGUCUGUGCUAGCCUGAAGGCCAGUGGAUAUGAGCUGUUGCAGUUGUGUAUUUACCACCUGCCUCCAGACAUGAAAGUGGGAGUGGAUGAUGUCACUGGUGUGUUCUUUGCAAAAGCUAAGAAAACAUAAACAAUUUAAGUUGAAGAGUAGUACAGUAUGUGGCCAACCAGAGCAUGCUUUCUACUGCCCUGGGCGCCAGCCGCCGCUGCGUCUGUGAAAUGCAUUUGCAACAUUUGACUGCUGAGUGGCGCUUUAACCACAAGUCAUCAAGCCAACUCUUCAAAGUGCAUUUUCACAAAUAGCUGUCAGCUUUGACUCGCCGGUGUUACAUUUGAUGGCUGCAGUUGGAAGAAAAUGAAAGAAGAACACUGUAGGCCUAGAUAAAAUAUUUCAUAUUCACAGAUGCAAAUUUAGUAAUUAAGAAGUUAUGUGCAUUUCUCAUUUAGUGCAAAUUUAAGCAGGAUAAAUGGCAAGUCUAUGAGCCUUUGCUUAUAUUUAAGCUUAGCUAAGUAUUACACUUUAUUUCAGAUGUGAAACAUUUAACAGGUGUGCAGCAUUAUUUAUAUAAUAUAAAUCAUGUGUUAUAUUACCUUAAAGAAAUGGUGGUUUCCUUUCAUCGGAGUAUUAAAAGCGGUAGCCUAUUUCAGGCUAGGCUACAUACAUGGAUUCUAAAUGUCAAUAUUCUUCCAUUACUUAAUACCUGUCACAAAUACAUUUUAAUUUAUAUAUUAAAAUUCAUUUAAUAAAACAGCAUGCAUUUUUGUCACGCACAUACUUUGCUAUUCGUUACCUGUACUUUAUUUUACAUAAGAACUACAGGGGUAAAAGAUAUCUGUUCAAUAAUUAAGAAAUUGUUGUGUAAUUUAUGAAUUCUUUCCUUUAUUUUAGUACAACGUG